AUUUUUGUGAGUCUGCUGUUCACUCUCGCAUUUUUGCCUAAAUCUUUUGAAUUAAAUCCUUUGCCGUCCAAUGAACCACGUCCAGAAGGUGUUAACAAUCUUGGUAUAACUUUCUACGGAGAUGAUCAUAAUAAUCUUCAACCAUUAAAAUCCGUAAAAUAUCGACUAGUGAGAGAUAUGCGGUUUUACGUUGGAGUAAAUAUUAAUGGUAUUCUUCGUCCAAUGUUUGAUUAUCAAGGGAACAUGGUUAUAGUGCGUCUGAGAGAUCACGAAGUUAUGCCAAUGCCACCAGGAAUAGCUAAACAAUAUCGUUUUACCCUACCGCCGUGGCAAGUGGAGCUUCUGGAAGCUUUCCGUUUAGCCAGGAAACAAAAUGCUGACGCCCAUCUUGCCAAUUCCAUCAGACAGCAUCCGAUACUACCUCAUACUGAUUCUACCAGUUCCUACAAACAGCGACAGAAAGCACAGGAAGAACGAUAUUAUCAUUCAGUCAGGCAGACUCAAGCUGGAUCUCAAUUUUAUACUGUAGGGCCUGUACGUCAACCAGUGAAAGAUAAUUCUCAAUCUUUCACUUCAGCAAAACAGUCUCCGAUACGAGCUACUUAUUAGCCUUCUACUUCAACCAGACGGACAGUGAAAGCGCUAAGCUAAUGCUCGAUCUCGUAUUCCGACUAGACAAUCUCAAAGACAAUUAAAUACUAAUUCUUUCAGUUCAGACAAACAGCAGUAGCAAAAAAUCAAUGUGCAAUAUUAACAUGCAGUUAGAAAGCAACAAGCUAGAACUAACACUACAGUAUCAAAAUACUAGAUAAGGCUCAAUAUCUUUCUUCAGCCGAGCAUCGCAGUAUCAGGAUAAUGAUUAAUCUUCUACUUCAGCUAGGCAGUGCAAAAAAUUAAUCUAUUAUCCUCUACUUCACUCAGGCAGUGGCAGUCAGAAUUUGAUGUUCAAUCUUUUGGUUUAUUCGGACAGUAGUAGCAACAAGAUACUGCUUAAUUAUCUACAUUAGACAAUGCGAACAACAAGAUAAUUCCUAAUCUUUGACUGCAGCCAGACAGCCUCCGAUACAGCCUAAAACUAAGUCUACCAGUUCGUACAAGCAACGUCGGCUAGCCAAUAAAGAUAGAUAUUAUCAUCCAGUCAGACAGACACCAGUUAGAGCUCAACUUUGUUACUGCACUUCCUCAGAUACAAGUUAAUUUUCAAUUUCAUACUUUAGCCAGACACCUGUCGAUGAAAGCUAAUUUUCAAUCUUCCACUUCAGAAAGACAGCCUCAAAUACGUGCUAAUUCUCAAUCUUCUAUUUGAAUCCAAAGCUAGUAGGACCAAGCAUUAAUUACAUCUUCGAUCUGAUGCUUCAGCCGGGCAGGGAUAGCACUAAGCAAAUGCUUGGCCAUGUAUUUCGACUCGACAAUCUUAAAGACAACGUAAUACUAACUCUUCAAAUACAGGUAGGGAGUUGCAGCAAACAGCUAAUGUGGAAUAUUUUUAUGCAGUCAGGUAGCAAAGAGACAGAAGUAACUCUUCUGCUUCAUCCAGGCAGCCUAGGAUGCUUGCUAAUUUUGAAUUUUCUACUUCAAUUAGGCAGCAUAAAAGUAUAAGAUAAUGAUCAAUAACUUACUUCCGCUGUGCAAUGCAGCAUCAGGAUAAUCAUUAGUCUUUUACUUCAACUAGAGAGCAGCAACAGCAAUCAUUCUUAAUCCUUUACUUGAGCUCGGCAGUGGCAGCCAGAAUUUUAUGAUUAAUAUUCUGCUUUAGCCGGGCAGUAGUAGCAACACGAUAAUGCUGAAUUAUCUGCAUCAGCCAGGCAGUGCGAGCAGCAAGAUUUUUAUUAAUCUUCUACUGCAGGUGGACAGCUUCAGACAGUGGCUAAUUUUUGAUCUUCUUCUUCAGUUAGAUACCAUUAAAAUCCAAAACAAUGAUUAUUAUCCUACUUCAGCUUUGCAAUCCAGCAUCAGGAUGAUGCUUAAUCUCUCAGUUCAGCCAGACAGUGGCAACUACAAGAAGUUCUUUAGAAACAAGAUAAUGCUCAAUUGUCUACAUCAGCCAGACAAUGUCAGCAACAAGGUAAUUUUCAAUCUUCUACUGCGGCCAGAUAGCCUAAUACAGUGGCUAAUUCUCAAUCUUCUACUUCAUCCAGAUGGACUCAGAUACAAGCUAAUACUGAUUGUUCUACAUCAGUCAGGCAGCGUGAAACUAAUACUUGAUUAUUAUUAUUAAUAAUUAUGAUCUAAAUAUAUUCGUAGCUCAUAAAUUCCGUUACAAGUUUUACAUGGCGAUAAUAAUGUACAAUAAAUGUGUGAAAUUCUU